GAGGGCCUGGAGAAAUGAUCAGGGGGAGGAAGGAAGCUAAGGGUUAUGGAGCAGGAAGAAGGAAUCCAAGUGGUUUUAGACCAAAACACAAACGCUGCAGUGAAGAGUAGGAAGCUGAAUGAAACAGUUCAGGAGCAGAUCACAGAGCUGGAGAUAACCAACCAGGAGAAUAUUCUAGAGCAAGAAGAAGGAAUACCAGAAGAUAGCACAGAGCUGAAUGAAGAUAUCCCAGAAGAGAAUGGAAGGGACUGUGAGUUUGUGGCUGGUGCUCGCCCAAAGAUCAAAGAGCAGGUUCAAGGAGGACCGGAAGAAUUUACAGAACCAUCUGAUGAAAUCCUAACAAGGAACGAAGAAUCGGUUGGGGCAGGCCAAAAUUUGUUCAGAGGGUUUUCAAUCGGAACUCACAAGAAAAUCCUGAGGCAGGCUGGGAGAUCCUGGGAAGAAGUCACAGAGCGAGUGGGAACAGGACAGAGCCGGACGGCAGAAGAAGACCGCCAAGGCCAAGAGGCAGGCCUAAAGCUAGUCAGAGACCUGUUGGCAGUUGUCACCAGGUCUGACCUUCCACUUGAGGAAAAGUUGGAGUUGGAAUUUGUGACCCUUCAGUUUAUGAUGGGAGGCAACGUGCAUCUGCUUGGGGAAUUGCAAAGCCAGGCGGUGGUGGAGAACUUCCGACAGGAAGUGUUUGCAAAAUUCCCUAUACCAGCUUUCCAUGUGACCAGCUCAGUGAUCUGUUGCGAUCAAGCUGUCAGCCAGUGGCCUGAAAGGUCUCAGCUCCUGAAUGAAAAUGGCUGCUCCAGACAACAAGAAAGAAUCUACUCCCAGCUCAUCUUCUUCCUGUGCAGAGCUCCUUUCCUUAAGUCUUGGGACCAACUGGAUCGACUGGCUGAAAUGCUACACAAGCUGAAGAACUGCAUCUAUUACAAUCCAGUGGCCUUGGUUGGAGUCAUUGUGCAGGUGGAUCCAGACCCAGGAUUGGAUGCAGAACAGGAGGCCCGAGCACGGCGCUGGCUGAGAUGCUUGCUUGAUGGGUUCUUUUGCUGUGAUUUGUUGUUAGACCACGAUGGGACAGAACCAGAAGUUCAAGUCCAGGUAGCAGUCUAUCAGUCAGGCCAACCCGAAAGAGCUUUAGAAGUCAAGAGAGCAGCUUGUCAGGCAAUCCGAGCAGCCCUGAAGUUCUGAAUGGGCACUACUGAUGACCUCUCUGAUCACAUGAGAUCUCCAGUACUGUGCAAGAUCUCACCAUCCCUGGAACAUCAUUUAAAAUUCAGAUUAUUCCCUCCAAA